AAGUGGGAGGCAUCAAAAACAAGUUCCAAUCUUGAAUUUUUGUUGUUGAGAUCAAAAAUGAGUUUGUUUGGUCACCACCACCACCACCACAACCAAGAUGCUCCUGCUGCUGUUCCUCCUCAGCAUCACCCAGUGAGGAUUUACACCAAGGCCGCUGAGAACUACUCCCUCACCAUCAGGAACGGGGAGGUCGUGUUGGCCCCUGCUAAUCCUAGAGAUGAGUACCAGCACUGGAUCAAGGAAUUGAGGACCAGCACAACUGUGAAGGAUGAAGAGGGGUUUCCUAGCUUUGCUUUGGUUAACAAAGCCACUGGCCAAGCCAUCAAGCACUCUGUUGGAGCACAUAACCCUGUUCGGUUGGUUCCUUACAAUCCUGACUACCUCGAUGAGUCCGUUCUUUGGAGUGAGAGCAAAGAUUUGGGUGAUGGCUUCCGCUGUAUAAGAAUGGUGAACAACAUUCGCUUGAACUUUGAUGCUUUCCAUGGGGAUGAGGACCAUGGUGGAGUUCAUGAUGGAACACCUGUGCACCUCUACGAGUGGUUCAAGGGAAAGAACCAAAGGUGGAAGAUUGCUCCCUAUGGGAAUGAAAUAGCCGGUAAUAUGCCACCAACAAGGAACCCAACGGUGAGAGUAUACACUAAAGCAGCCGAGGAUUACUCACUCACGGUUAGGAAUGGGGAUGUUGUUCUCGCGCCGGCUAAUGCUAGAGAUGAGUAUCAGCAUUGGUACAAAGACAUGAGGUACGGUAACACUGUGAAGGAUGAAGAAGGUUUUCCAGGUUUUGCUCUCAUCAACAAAGUCACUGGUCAAGCUCUGAAGCACUCCUUGGGAGCACACCAGCCUGUUCGCUUGGUUCCAUAUAAUCCUGACUACCUUGACGAGUCAGUCCUUUGGAGCGAGAGCAAGGACUUGGGCGAUGGCUUCCGUUGCAUUAGGAUGGUGAACAAUAUUCGCCUGAACUUGGAUGCUUUCCAUGGCGAUGAGGAUCAUGGCGGAGUUCAGGAUGGAACUCCUAUUCACCUUUACGAGUUUUUCAAGAAAGGAAAGAACCAGAGGUGGAAGAUCGUUCCCUACUACUGAUGAAUGUGAUGCUGCGGCCACCUACCUGCAAUGAACCAGUGAUUAUGCUACUCUGUGAAAAUAAGUUGUGCCUUUGGUUGGAUGUCUUUAUGUGGAAUUUGUGAUGGCACAAACAAUUGCUAUGGAACUUUAAUGUAUGUCUUAUGUUGAAUAUGAUUGUGGGAGAUCUAUUAUGAUGUGUCCUCUCUGUUUCUUUCU